AUGGCUACUGACAACAGCAAGGUGGCCGAUGGGCAGAUCUCUACUGAGGUCAGCGAGGCCCCGGUAGCCAGCGACAAGCCCAAAACGUUGGUGGUCAAGGUGCAGAAGAAGGCCGGGGACCUCCCUGACAGGGACACAUGGAAGGGCCGCUUCGACUUCCUCAUGUCCUGUGUGGGCUAUGCCAUCGGCCUGGGCAAUGUGUGGAGGUUCCCUUACCUCUGCGGGAAAAAUGGUGGUGGGGCCUUCCUGAUCCCAUAUUUCCUGACGCUCAUCUUUGCGGGUGUUCCUCUCUUCCUUCUGGAGUGCUCUCUAGGCCAGUACACCUCCAUUGGAGGCCUGGGCGUGUGGAAGCUGGCUCCUAUGUUCAAGGGUGUGGGCCUCGCUGCGGCUGUGCUAUCCUUCUGGCUGAACAUCUAUUACAUUGUCAUCAUCUCCUGGGCCAUCUAUUACCUGUACAACUCCUUCACCACGACCCUGCCAUGGAAACAGUGUGACAACCCCUGGAACACUGACCGCUGCUUCUCCAACUAUAGCCUAGUCAAUACCACCAACAUGACCAGCGCUGUGGUGGAGUUCUGGGAGCGCAACAUGCACCAGAUGACGGAUGGGCUGGACAAGCCAGGACAGAUCCGCUGGCCACUAGCCAUCACACUGGCCAUUGCCUGGGUGCUUGUGUAUUUCUGCAUCUGGAAAGGAGUUGGUUGGACUGGAAAGGUGGUCUACUUCUCUGCCACGUAUCCCUACAUCAUGCUCAUCAUCCUGUUCUUCCGUGGAGUGACGCUGCCUGGGGCCAGGGAGGGGAUCCUCUUCUACAUCACGCCCAAUUUCCGCAAGCUGUCAGAUUCUGAGGUGUGGCUCGAUGCAGCUACCCAGAUCUUCUUUUCCUACGGGCUGGGCCUGGGGUCCCUGAUCGCUCUCGGAAGCUACAACUCUUUCCACAACAAUGUGUACAGGGACUCCAUCAUCGUCUGCUGCAUCAACUCCUGCACCAGCAUGUUCGCUGGCUUUGUCAUCUUCUCCAUCGUGGGCUUCAUGGCUCACGUCACCAAGAGAUCCAUCGCUGAUGUGGCAGCCUCAGGCCCUGGAUUGGCAUUUUUGGCAUACCCUGAGGCUGUGACACAGCUGCCCAUCUCUCCCCUCUGGGCUAUCCUCUUUUUCUCCAUGCUGCUGAUGCUGGGCAUUGACAGCCAGUUCUGUACCGUGGAGGGCUUCAUCACUGCCCUGGUGGAUGAGUACCCCAGGCUCCUCCGCAAUCGCCGAGAACUCUUCAUUGCUGCUGUGUGCAUCGUGUCCUACCUGAUUGGCCUCUCUAACAUCACCCAGGGCGGCAUUUAUGUCUUCAAACUUUUUGAUUAUUACUCUGCCAGUGGCAUGAGCCUGCUGUUCUUGGUUUUCUUUGAGUGUGUCUCCAUUUCCUGGUUUUAUGGUGUCAACCGGUUCUAUGACAACAUCCAGGAGAUGGUUGGCUCCAGACCCUGCAUCUGGUGGAAGCUGUGCUGGUCCUUUUUCACACCCAUCAUUGUGGCGGGUGUGUUUCUCUUCAGCGCUGUGCAAAUGACGCCCCUUACCAUGGGAAGCUAUGUUUUUCCCAAGUGGGGCCAGGGCGUGGGCUGGCUCAUGGCCCUGUCCUCCAUGGUGCUCAUCCCCGGGUACAUGGCUUACAUGUUCCUUACCCUAAAGGGCUCUCUGAAGCAGCGCCUCCAGGUCAUGAUUCAGCCCAGCGAAGAUAUCGUGCGCCCUGAGAAUGGUCCUGAGCAGCCGCAGGCUGGCAGCUCAGCCAGCAAGGAGGCCUACAUCUAGGGGUGCAGCCCCCUCAUCACCCCAACACUGGCACCCUGGCCAGGCUGUACCCACACCCCUUGAAGACUGAAGAUGCUCUUUGUCUCCACCUACCUCAAGGGGCGGGUCCAGACACCAUCACCAUGCAGAGAGGGGAGGUGGGGGACAGUCUGCCCCUGGGUGGACCCUACAUGGGCAGCCACCCCUGGGGGCUUUCACAGAGGCCUGGUGACUUUUCCUUCAGGCCCCACAGCAGAAGCAGGUGGCUGGCCUUUGUAACUGCCACUGUAGCUCAUUUUUAUGCUGCCAGAGAGGGUGACAGCUGAGGCCACACACUCCUGGCUUUUAAUCAUAUUCAGACUGUUGUCCUGUGCCCCAACCGUAGACUGUUAUCCAGACUUUCCUAUCCAUUUGGCUCUUAACUGGUCAUGGACCAGGGCUACAGCCUUUUGUUCGUAGCCCCUGGGAGCCAGUCUCUUUCCUUCCCAAUCUCUCCUUCCCGAGGCAGCUGCACAGAUCACCCCCAGACACCUCUGUGGCUGUUCACAGAGCAGUACGGAGAGGGUCUCUGUCCCUGUGACCCUGUGACCCGGGCAGCUCAGUGCCCCCUGCUCCACCUCCCCAGGUGACCCUAACAGCAGCAGCCUAUCCAGAAGGGCCGUGUGUGCUAAGGAGAAUUUUUAAAAAAUUAAGAAGCCACAAGCACAACUGCCUGGUUUUUUUGUUUUGUUUUGCUUUUUGUUUUUUGUUUUUUGUUUUUUGUUUUUUUUGGUCACCAUUCCAGGACUUUCCCCAAGUGGGAGCUCUGGUUCCUCUGAGCUGCCCAGUUUUGCACAAACAAUGGCCAAGGAAACCAAGGUGAUGGUUCUGUCGAAAUCAGGACCAAUCCAGCUGGCCCUGGUUUCCCUCUUAGAUUGUCACUGCCACUCUGUUGUUCUGAUGUCCCUUCUUACCUUUCUGAAAAAUUCCUCAAAUAUAUAUGACCACUAAUGGAGGAGGGUUUAGCCAGAGGCCCUGCCCACCCUACCCUGACACUGGGCCUCCCUUGCUAACCUGCUCCAGAGGGAAAUGUCACAUGUCCCUUCUGGCCUUGGGCUCUGUGUAGGUGAAGCCAGUGGAGACAAUUUCUGGAAAGUUCCAGCAGCUCAGCUUCUCUCCUCUGCCGAGAGGACGGGCUCCCAUGUAGCAAAGCGUAUGUCUUGUCCCGUAGCUCCUUAGCUUGACAGCUCACAAACUGUGUUUAUGACUAAUCCUUAAUAACUAUGGUGAAUAACUGUGACCGUGGGUUUUUUUGAAUCUCUUGUCAUUCUCAUCCAAAAGUGACCAGCACACCAGUUCUUGCAAUAAGCUAUCUCCCUCAGAGCAUUAAGCACACUGUAGAGAAUGCAAACACGUAUGCACAUAGAAAUGCACACACAUGCAUACCCAUCCUCACAUGUGGCACUUGGCAUCCCGUGUGAUAGUGUGUAGGCAAUCUACCAGCUCUUCUCGAGGCCACCUGUAAAGGGGUCGUGUGGUUGAGGACUCUGCCUGCUCAGUGGAGACUCUGUGACCAGCUUGCACAGGUGCCUGUCACCAGAGUCCUGGAUGUGGAAUGCAAGGACCCUCCACUGUGUCUUGUGGCCCCAUCGUCCCUCCCCCUGUGUAUGAAGCCCUUUAGGAUAAGGGCAGGAGAUUUCCUUCUUGCUGCUCGUUGUUCUUAGAUGUGAAACUCAGAACGAGUCUUUCUGAGAUAAGUGCAGUAUAUUUCAUGUUUGCAAGCACCUCUGAGAUGUUUGGCAAGAAAUCCCCCGAUUUCCACCCAAACUUACCUUAUAGAGCACAACAUUAAGGGUCGUACAAUUACUGUGAGAACUGUGAAUAUGUGUAACUUUUCUUUUUUAGUUUUUGCCCAGAGGGAAAAAGAUAAUUGUAUUAUCAUAUAUGCUUUUUUUGCAAUAAGGAUUUAUUCUCAGAACACCAAGUAAAUUUAUCUCUAUAUAAAAAGUAUAUGUAAUAUAUGACUAUUCAGACUAUAUACAGAGCCUGUUUUAAAAAAAAUUACAGUAUUAUUUAGUAAAAUUAUCUGUUCUAUGGACCAAAUGUAAAAUAUUUAUACAUGAAGAUGUGUUUUAAAUGUCUAUAAAUGAUAUCACAACUAGAGCA